AUGCCUCCCUGGCCUGAUGAUCCCGAAAGUGUCACCAAACCCAAACAUGACCCAUCACAGCAAGUCAUCGCCCCCCCUCAUGUGGACAAUCCUGAAAGCAUCACCAAGCCUGAAAGUGACCCACCACUGCAAGUCAUCACCCCCCCUCAUGUGGACAAUCCCAAAAGCGUCACCAAGCCUGAAAGUGACCCACCACAGCAAGUCAUCACCCCCCCUUGUCCUAAUGACCCAGACAGCAUCACUGAGCCUGAAAGCGACCCACCCAAGCCAAUAGCACAGUCAUCUGCUGUCAUCAAACCAGUGAAGUCUAUAUUUGCAAUGCCAAGCCCACCUCCACCUGGAUCAAUUUACUGGAAGUAUGUGUCGCAGGAGGAGGAUAAAGUGUGGUAUGACCAAUCAUAUACAGACAGGAAUUUCCUUGUGGUUCAUGCAAUGAAACAAGAACUUGAAGAAGCUUUUGAGUGA